CACACGAGAAAACAGCCCAAUGCCAAAUCCCAUCUAACCCUCAACUACUAGCAAAACCUUAUCCUAUCAAGCACCACGAAUCACUUCAACACUCGCAAAAGGCUUCCUUCAUCAUUCCCCACCUCAAAGAAAAAGCCAUGGCAACCAUUCAUUUCACUCCUUCUCCUUCUCCGUCCUUCACUCUCACCCAACAAGGUUUACCCACCAAAAUUCCUUCGUUUAAACUCAACUGCAGAAAUGGCAGAUCCUUGAAAAGUAUUGUUAGGUCUUACAAAGUGGUAAUUGAGCAUGAAGGUCAAUCUACAGAGCUAGAGGUGGAACCUGAUGAGAACAUUCUAUCCAAGGCAUUAGACUCUGGGCUAGAAGUGCCUCAUGACUGCAAGCUUGGGGUAUGCAUGACUUGCCCAGCAAAAGUAAUUAGCGGCACGGUUGAUCAGAGUGAAGGCAUGCUCAGUGACGAUGUAGUAGACAGUGGCUAUGCACUGCUCUGUGCAGCUUAUCCCAGGUCAGAUUGUCGUAUCAGGACCAUUCCUGAAGAUGAGCUGCUGUCAUUGCAACUAGCAACAGCUAAUGACUGAAUCCUGUUGCUCUUGAUGUUUCAGUUAAGAAUUUUGAUGUAUGAAUUUGAGUACAAUCUUUAUACAUGAGCAUCUUAGGCUGGAAAUGUUGAAUAGAUUUGCUUCUUGUUCCUUGCGUGUGUUGCAGUAUAAAGAAAAAUGGAAAUGCCAGUGUCAUCAAUUUACAUAA